AUGGAGUCAUUCUCUAUGCUCAAGCGUCGUACCACCGACAUGCUUCACAAUGUUCAGCAAAACCUUCCUUCUAUGCCUUCUGUCCCUUCCGCCCCCUCCGUGGCCUCUCACAAGAAGGAUACCAUGAAAGGAACAUGGGAACGCAUUGAUGCUCCUGACGUCCCCCGCUCUUCUCAUUCCCUCAACAUUGUUCACGGCACCGCUUACCUCUUUGGCGGCGAGAUCGAGUCCCGAAAACCCGUCGAUAAUGAUAUGCACGUAGUUACUCUUCCUUGGAGCAGCGCCGGCGCCGAUUAUUACAAGAUCAAGGCAGUUCCUGCUAAGCCGGAUGCACAGCCAAAGGUUGAGGCACAGCCGCCCACUGAAACAAACACCGCCCAGAAGCCUGACGAACCUACCGAAAGUACAGGCGAGCAGGAUAUCGAGAAGAAGCUUGAUGAGGUCUCUCUUGACGAUGAAGAGACCGAUUCUUCAGAUGAAGAUGAAUUCGAAGAGGCCCCGACCACAUCCUCCAAGGGCAAGGAGCCAGCUGGUCCCGAACGUCCAGAAAUGGGCAACGUCCCAGCUCCACGAGUAGGCCAUGCUACCGCCGUCAUCGGAACCCGUAUCUUCCUUUUUGGCGGCCGUGGAGGCCCCGAAAUGCAGCCUUUGAACGAAGCUGGUCGAGUCUGGGUGUUUGACACUCGCUCCAAUACCUGGUCAUACCUUGACCCUGCACCUGCUGUUGUAGGUGGAAACAUUGUUCCCCAUCCUGCUCCACGAAGCUACCACACAGCCACCGCCAUCGACCGUCCCCAGGACUUUGCGCCUAAGCGACCUAAGCAACCUGAGACUUGGGGACAAUGGGCCCUGGGAGACACCUCUAAGACAGGUAUUCCUCAGGCUCCUAUCGUCGGCAACGUUGCCGAGGAAGCUACGGACGAGGAGUCGGACGGUUAUGGUACCUUCUUUAUCCAUGCGGGAUGCCUUGCAAACGGUGAGCGCACCAAUGACAUCUGGGCCUUUAACGUUCAUGAUCGCACUUGGGUUGAGUUUCCCGCUGCUCCUGGACCUGCCAGGGGUGGCACCGCCAUCUGUGUGAGCAAGACCCGUCUCUUCCGCUACGGCGGAUUUGAUGGUGAAGAUGAGAUCGGAGGAGAGCUCAACUUCCUCCACCUCGAAGUUGAGACGUUCGACGACCACGGCUCAAAGGGUGAGGUCGCUGUUCGCGCGCGUGGUGGUUGGCAAACCAUUCUCGCAAGUGAUCCCAACAGCGAUUCUACUGAGAUACAUGCCGAACCAGCCCAGACCUGGCCUGAGCCUCGAAGUGUUGCAUCUUUGGAGGCCAUUACUUCAGGUGCUGGUUAUGAAUACCUCCUCCUAACCAUGGGUGAGCAUGGUCCCAGCUCAGAGGGCCAUGAAGGCGCAGGCAAGUUCUUCGACGAUGCCUGGGUGUUCCAAGUCCCUCCUCUGGGCAUGACCGCUGCCAGUGUCACUGCUGCCAUGUGGCAAGCUGUCGGUCGUAAGACAGGCGAGGGAAAGUGGACGAAGCUUGACCUCGUACCCUACGAUGAUGACAACAGUGACGAGAUGCCCCUGCCGAGAGGGUGGCUUGCUAGUGCGCCUAUGGGAGAACUCGAGGAAGCCGGCAUCUUGAUCUGGGGUGGUCUAGCAGAGAAUAACGAACGGCUCGGAGACGGCUGGAUCUUGCGAGUGGGCGAUACCUAG